AGAAAACCUCGGGGCAGGGGGAUCGCCCCGCUACCGCGGCGUAUACCGCCUCGUAGGACUGCGGCCGGAUCACAUGCACAACAUGCAGAAUGGUGCUGACUCCUGAGAAUCCAAGUGAGCUAGGUAGCUGGAGAUGCCGCGCCGAUCGAGGGAGUCAUGAGCUGCUGGCAGUUCCUGCAAUGCUGUGAUCUUUUCGCCUUGAAAGUCAAGCUGACGGAUUGAUGAGACAGUCGCCCCUUCCAUCAUCUUGCUUUUCGUGAAGCUCAGCUGAAUAUUGCUGCAGUUUGGACUGAAGAAGCUCGUUCCUCAAAGAGUCCCCAACAAGAGAGGAGACUUCUCUUACUUUUGCUUGGCGUCUGCGCAAUUGAGUCUUAGUUGCACGGAUCGAUAGCACAGUCGAUGUUUAGCAGCAUCUCUGAAGUCAGAGCCCUGAUCGCACCUCUGAUCGUGCAAACAGGCUUGCACUGAUAGCAGCACCGUCAAGAUCAAAGUUACAACUCCAACUUGGUUGUGAAAAGGAGGUUGCUUUGCAGUGUCAAAUUUCUGCAACAAUGAAGGCGGUGGUUAUCACCAAGGCUGGCGGGCCGGAGGUUCUGCAAUUGCAGGAUGUGCCGGCCCCUGAGCUGAAGUCCAACGAAGUGAUGAUCAAGGUCAAGGCAGCGGGAAUCAACGGGGCAGACAAAAUGCAGAGGCACGGGCAGUACCCCGUCCCACCAGGUGGGUCUCUUUACCCCGGGCUUGAGGUCAGUGGGACAAUUGAGGAGGUGGGCAAGGAAGUCAAGGGGUGGAAGGCAGGCGAUGAGGUGUGCGCACUCCUGGUGGGGGGUGGGUAUGCUGAGCGAGUCAACGUUCCUGCGGGACAGCUACUCCCCAUCCCAAAGGGCGUCUCUCUGGUUGACGCCACAGGCCUGCCGGAGGUCUCGUGCACUGUGUGGAGCGUUGUGUUUAUGGCGGCGAAGUUACAGGAAGGCGAGAACUUCCUUAUUCAUGGGGGUUCCAGCGGCGUCGGGACGUUUGCCAUUCAGAUGGCCAAAUACAAGGGGGCCAAAGUGCUCGUGACGGCAGGCUCGGACGAGAAGCUCCAGGCGUGCAAGGAGCUGGGUGCUGACGUGGCCAUCAACUACAAGUCGGAGGACUGGGUGGCCCGGGUGAAGCACGAGACCGGCGGGAAGGGCGCUGACGUCAUCCUGGACGUCAUGGGCGCGCCUUACCUGAGCAAGAACACGGAGAGCCUGGCGCCCGACGGGCGGCUCAUCGUUCUGGGGCUGCAGGGAGGCGCGACCGGAGAGAUCAACCUGGGCGCCCUGCUCGCCAAGCGUGCGACCAUUUUCGUGCUCGCUCUCCGCUCGCGCCCGCUCGAGCAGAAGGCGCACAUUGUGGAAGAAGUCCGCCGGAAUGUGUGGCCAGCAAUCGAGGCUGGGAAAGUGAAGCCAGUCAUUGAUAGGACGUUCGAGCUGAAAGACGUGGUCAAGGCGCACGAGUGGGUCGACAGCAGCGGGCAUAUUGGGAAGGUGCUGCUGCUGGUCUAGUGGAUUGAAAUACUCUGGAUUGGUAAUAUGACUACAUUGCUCGCUCUACAAUUUUGCACGCGCGUACUGGUAGAGAUCAUGUAUUGAACGUCUGUCCGCUUGCUUCUGUGUCAAGACAGUCUGGACGAAUCUUGGAAGUUUUGGCCGCGGUCAGUAAGCCGCAUAGAAGGAGGUGUAAUCUGCCGGUUGCAUGCGUUGCUAUAGCUUCGCCAGGCUUGCAUGCUGACCAUUGCUGUCAAUAUGCUCUGUACAACAUACCAUAUUCUGAUUGAAGUAGAAGGCAUCGACCUAGAGCUAAGAGUUUGUGUAGGCAUGUAUAACUCAGAUACGGUUGGCAGACUUGCAAGCUUGCGGCGCGUAUAUGCGAUUUUAAUUUGAAAGUGAACACUCAAUUCAGUCCCUAGC